UUGCCCCCCACCCCGCCUCGACACAAGUCGGUGACAUUCUGCUCACACUGUAAGUACGACAAAGAUACGAACUAUCCUUACAACUCUUCAGACGUAGACAUCAGGUACUACUCGGAUCCGGGUCGCGAAACCAAACCUAAACUCAAAAAGAAAAAGGAACAAACUAAAAGCGACUCUACCGACAGCGAUCUAAAGUACUAUUCCGAACCGGACGCGAAGAACUACUUCGAAAUAGAUUACGAAUUCCUCAAAGAGCUGAGGAGAAUUGCGCGCAAUAAUUGUCCAAAGUGUAAACGUAAGCGUUCGAGGAAAGGUGUCGAUUCUAAACUGUCGCAAGUUAAAUACUCGAAAAGUAAGAGUAAGUCGUAUAGAUGUACGCGUGUGAAAGAGAGCUACGUAUAUUGCAACGGACGGUAUCAUAGCGACAAGGAGCACUGUCAAGUUUGCUGUCGAGUGUGUAACAAAUCAACGGACACUCUCGACUCGAUCGACGACGAUCAGUACUCGCUUGUGUCUAGAAGUUACAGCCAGCCUUCCCGCAAGAAUGUCGGUACCCGCACGAAAACGGGACAAAAAACACAGGACGCGCCGCGAGAGCGAAAGAAUUCCGUGCAAUCGAUAAAAUCCGUUUCGUUCCUGGAAUCGAGCAACGACGAAUCGAAAGACGAGACGAACUAUACAGCCAAGAGCUUUACUAAUGAUCUAAAGAGGUUCCUACUCAAGCCGUCGACGCCGCGGCUCAGUUUGCGCGACAAGUUCCUUAUCAGUUUCAAACAGGAGUUCGAGGCUACAAAAAAAUCGCCCAAACUGAAAGCCAUAAAAGGCCUAUGGAAAUCAUAUUGA